AUGUCAAAACAACAAAUCCACUUAACGACAGCCUCGCCACGCAGUACUCCAGUCUUGAUUGUUCUCGGUUUCGUCUUUAUUCAGAUAAUCGAGAUUGGUCAACAACCUCCCCCGUCUGCGCCAGAAGCACCCAGACUAGGAACUAUUCUACAGACCAAGCGACGAAAGGUGAGCGACUCCCCAAAUCCAUCCCAUCCACACCCAAGCUCUAACCCUCAAAAUCCCAAAAGCACCAUGCAGAAGAACAUCGCCAUCUGUGUCAUAAUCCUCGUCACCCUGGGAGCGAUCGUAGCCUCCUGGCUGGCAUUUCGCUACUGGAAAAGAAGAUUCAAACGUGAACUACUCGUGACCUACCAUAUUAGAAAACAGCGCAUGCCAGUUAGGGAAUUAGCUCCGGUGCAAGUACCGUCGACGUCGACGUCCAGCUCCGGCAGACCGGUUGAAUGGAUUGAGAGACCCGCGAGGAAGAAAAGGGAGAGGAGAAUUACACGCGAGCCGGACGCAGAGCCCUUGGUCGCGAGUCAGAAGAGGGACUAUGUGAGCAGACAGCGAGAGACGACGACUGCUCCUCCUCCUGUCGCACCUGCUCCCCCUCCUUCCCCGACGCAUGCCUCUCCUACUACCACGGCUACAAACACGCCAAAGGACAAGGGAAAGCAACGCGAUACGAGCGAGUGGUCACAACCAGCCGACACUCCCGCCACUACCGAACAAAGCAGCCCUAGUGCACCGGCGCAGGGGGAAUGGUCGAACACAAGCAACGCCGAAACGUCGUCUGAAUGGGGACAGCGAGCGACGCAGUCGGAGCCGAGUCAGGGAGAAUGGGGUGCAGGACAGAAUUCGCCGACAAAAGAUAGCUGGUAGUUAGGGUUGUUUUGUUUUCUUUUCGGGGUUUAUUAGCAGGUGUAUGCGGAGAUAUAUCUUGGAUCUUAGAUGGGUUGUUUAUUGGCGAGGCGCCAUCUAGUU